CCUACAAGGAGAAAAUGAAGGAGCUGUCUCUGCUCUCCCUCAUCUGCUCCUGUUUCCACACCCAGCCGCAUCCCAACACCAUCUACCAGUAUGGAGAUAUGGAGGUGAAGCAGCUGGAUAAGAGGGCAUCAGGCCAGAGCUUCGAGGUGAUCCUGAAGUCCCCUUCAGAUUUAUCUCCUGAGAGCCCGAUCCUUUCCUCCCCCCCCAAGAAGAAGGACCUGUCCCUGGAGGAGCUGCAGAGGAGGCUGGAGGCUGCAGAGGAGAGGAGGAAGACCCAGGAGGCUCAGGUGCUGAAGCAGCUGGCGGAGAAGCGGGAGCACGAGCGGGAGGUGCUGCACAAGGCGCUGGAGGAGAACAACAACUUCAGCCGCUUGGCCGAGGAGAAGCUCAACUACAAGAUGGAGCUGAGCAGGGAGAUCCGCGAAGCACAUCUCGCCGCCUUGAGGGAGCGGCUCCGUGAGAAGGAACUGCACGCAGCCGAAGUCCGCAGGAACAAGGAACAGCGGGAGGAGAUCUCUGGAUAAAGGGCUUUUCUACACAUCUAGCACCUGAUUCCUGAUAACAAACCAACCGAUCGACCAACCAACACAUUUUAUUUUGUUUGUCUAGAUGCGACAUUCGGUUCUCCAUCCCCCCCCUCCCCUGGUGUUCGUCCCCCCCAGCUCCACGCUUCUCUGCAUCCUUAAUCGUCAGUACUUGUGAGGAGUCACAGAUCAUAGGGACCUCUAAGCAGAAUAGCGACUAGUUCACAUGAAAUAGAGAAUCAAUCAGCCAAUCAAACAGCUUCUUUGGAGGGUUUUGUCCUUUUUUUAAAAAAUAUUUCUUAAAC